AUGGAUCCUUACGAGACCCUGGGAAUAGCCGUUGAUGCUUCCCAGGACGAGAUCAGGAAAGCUUACAGAAGACUAGCGCUUCAACACCAUCCAGACAAAGUAUCCGAUGAGUCCCUGCGAGAAGAAAGCGAAAUAAAAUUCAAAGAUAUAGCGGCUGCCUAUGAAAUUUUGAGCGACGAGCAGAAACGUUCCAAUUAUGAUCAAUACGGCGAUGCUGGUGGGUAUUCCAAUGGAUUCGGAGACGACUUCCGAGAUGGAGAUUUUGCCAGCUUUUUUGGUAAUUUUUCGAACAACCACUACGGCGAUGAUUACAACGAGGGUCCUUCACAUCGUGAAUCUUAUAAGCCAGACGCUCAUAUUCCGCUAAGUUUAUCGAUGCAGGAUCUCUACAAUGGAAAAACUGUGAGAUUCGAGUCCAAGCGGAACGUUGUGUGUAACCGUUGUGAAGGUACCGGUAUUCGUAAAAAGGCUCGACACGCUCGAAAUUGCGCCCAGUGCGAAGGUUCUGGUGUGAAACAGAGACUCAAGAGAGUAGGUCCAGGCUUCGUUACGCGUGAAACUGUGAAAUGCGAGCAUUGCAAAGGUUUGGGCAAAAGUGUGCGAAAUGAAGACUUGUGCAAAAAGUGUCAUGGCAAAAAGGUUGUGCAAGAGAGUAAAGACCUCAAUGUGUACAUCCCUCGAGGAUCGCGUCACAACGAUAAAGUGGUUUUGAAGGGCGAAGCAGAUGAAGAGCCGGGCAAAACGGCCGGUGAUCUUGUGUUUGACAUCGAUGAAAACAGUACUACAAGCAGUCUUGAGAGACGUGGAUUCGAUCUCCAUACCAAACUGACAAUCUCGUUAUCCGAUGCCCUUUGUGGUUUUGAGAAAGACUUGUGUGUUCACUUGGAUGAGCGCGUGAUAAGACUGAAGAUACCCACAGGCCAAGUGUUGAGACCAGGAAAUUUCCUACGUCUCGCCGAUGAAGGUUGGCCCUUAGAUGGUCAGGGAACCAAAUUCGGAGACAUGUACGUUCAGAUCAAUAUCGAAUUCCCGCCCGACAAUUGGUUUAGCGAGCGCCACGAUUUACAAACGCUCCGUAACAUACUUCCGCAAGCAGGUUCAACUUCGAAAGCGUCCAGCUCCAAAAAUGUAACCGAUUUCGUUAAUACAGAAUUCCCCUCUAAUGUUGAGGUUGUGAAAAACGCUGACGAGCUACCAACCUAUCUGCCGGAAGAGCCCGAGCAAGAGGGCCCUCAAUGCGCGCAACAGUAA